UUUAUUGGUUUUACUCGUUAUUUCUUUAGCGUAAAGACUAAUAGACGUACUUAUAAUAAAUAUAUAUUAUUUACUAACCCCGGUCCCUUUUUUAAGUGCGUUUCCGAUAGUAAGGCUUCUAGUAAGGGCGCUUAUACGAAUUAUUAUUAUAAGAGCGAGGGUAAAGGUUAUUCCUUAUGUAAAGGUAUAUAUAUAAUUUUUUUUAAAAUUUUUUAUUAUAAUUAUUUAUUA